UGGCGGGGUGGGGGGUGGGGAAUAGGACUGGCAUGUUCUAGGCAUGAGCAGCCCUGUGACUGUGUCUCUCUCCCAGUUCUGGGCACCCUUGGGCAGGCAGGCAGGCUCAGAGGAUGAGGUCAAUGGCAUCCAAGCAGAAAGGCAGCCCCAGCGUGGUGUGCAUGCACAGCUCCCCCAACCAUCUUCCAAAAGACCUGUAGGCAGUGCCCCCGUCAGACCAAGAGUUUGUAAUGUUUAGUGGGUUUGGAAAGCUGGUCAGUAAAUACUGGAAUACUGAGUCAUACUUAACAAAGGAAUUUGCACAAAUGCAAGAAAACAUCACUGACGUGAUAAACUUACACAACUUAUUACCUAGAGAGUGUUAUCAGGCUGAAAAUGAAAAUAGGCUCAUGAAGUGGUUUAAUUUAUAAAAGACAGAUCACCAGUGUGCUUUUCAAGAGAAGAUGGCCCAAUUCCCCAACUUUUCAGAACAAAUUCAUAAAAACUAAGCUCCAAGACCAGAGAGAAGUAGAACACCAGAAUGGGGGACCACUUAGCAUUUCCUGGAACAGUAACUAAAAUCUGUCAAGCAUCUGUGAGCAUCAGGUGCUCGGGGAAUGGGGAACCAGGCAAUACAACAUGCACUGACAAAGAUGACAGUAUAUUUAAAUGUGGGGCACUGUGGUUAUGUAAAGAAUACACAACUUGAGUGUGUUACUAAAUGCCCACCAAGACUAACUUUCUGAUAAGGAGACCUUGCACCAUCGGCAGCACAAGUACAAAGGUACCCACUGCUCUCUCCCUGAACCUGAGGAGCCCCUCUAGACAUUCUAGGAGGCAGGCAGCAGCUUUCACAUCUUCCUGCAGUGGAGACAAUGGCAUGUCACUGAGACUCAGACGCAUGUGCCCAACACCUGGAUGGCAUUAAGAGCUGGUGACCAAAGAAGUGGGAUAGGAGGCUGAUUUUCCAGGGCAGGGCAGUGGCAGUGAGAGUGAGUAGCCAAGGCUGUAGCCAAAUGCUGCUGAUGACAGUUUAUGGCACCUAGUGCUUGGUGGCAGCAGGGCAUACUUCAGGCCAUAUUCGGAAGGACAGCGCAUUCUUCCCAGGUGUGGGCCCCACACGAUUCCCAGGCCCAUCAUUAAGCCUCCCUUGGCUGAGGUCAGCCUGAGUCACUUCCUGCUGCCUACAAAGAACCUGACUGACAGUGCCCAUGUGGGGAGAAGGGGUAGUGAGGACUCAGAGCAGAGGCCACACAUUUAACACAGUAAAAAGGUUGUUGAGUUCAAAACUGUUAACAGUCAGCCUACUUCUUCCCUGCAUGAGGACGUGUGGCUUACUAGUUCUCUCGGCCCUACAGGAAGGGGCUUCCUUCUGCUGCUCCUCCAGGCCCAGUACUGGCUCUGAGCUGGACACAGUCAGACCCAAACAGCAACUGGCCACCUGUCACACAGCACUCCAUCCUGGGAAUACACGCUUGGCGUCAAGCAGAGUCACAAAGAACACAUAACCCCUGUGAAGACUGGUGAACCUCUGGAAAAUACAUGCAUAUUUAAAAACACGUUCUAGGCUGAAACCUCCACUUAAAAUGGUGAAACUGUGUUACAAACCAUUUUUACACAAUUUCAAAAAGUUCCCGAUUAUGGUUCCUUAAUAGGAGUUCCUCUCUUUGGUUCUUCCUUUCUAAAAAAAGAAAGGAGGAAAAAAGGCCAACUCUCCUUUCAAAUACACCCCAGCACACACAGAGAAAUGGACACAGCAAACAGAGGCAAGGUCAGUCUUCGUCUGGAAAUCGGUCUGAUUCUAUUUUAUGUCGGUGCUGCGGGAGCCUGCACUGUCUCUGUUGUGCAGCCAGGUUACCUGGAGGUGGACUCCACUCACAAGACCGUCACCAUAGAGUGCACCUUCUCUAUGACCAAAUGUCCUUCAGAGCAGCCAAGGAGCCUGUGGUUUCGCUAUGGCGCUCACCAGCCUGAGAUUCUGUGUGUGGAUGAAUGCAAACAGAAGGAACACAAAUUCACAGUGGAGAAAGCCCUGGCCCGGAACCAAGUUUCUCUCACUGUCAACAGGGUGACUUUAAAUGACAGUGCAAUUUACAUCUGUGGAAUAGCAUUUCCCAGUGCUAAGCAAACCGGAGGCGGGACUACAUUAGUGGUAAGAGAAAGUAAACUUCUCAGCAAGGAACUGCAGAGUCUCCUGAUAGCGCUUAUAGUGCUGCUCUCAAUCUACAUCACUGGGGUGUGUGUGAUCCUCAUAGUCCUCUUCAGAUCAAAAUCUAACCUCCUAAGAAACAAGGAAACAAAAGAAGACUCACAAAAGAAGAAGAGUGCUCGACGCAUUUUUCAGGAGAUCGCUCAAGAACUAUAUCAUAAGAGAUAUGUGGAAACAAACCAACAACCUGUAAGUGAAAGAUAUCAGAAAGAGGCAACAGGUAUAAAGCAUUCUUCAAUGAAAAAAACUAAACUCCAAUAAGCUGUCAAUAACUGCAUUCCUUUAGAAGAAUCUGAAGAAAGACACCCAUAAAAAUGUGUUUUUAUAUAGAACCUAUUUUGAUAAAUAUAUAACAAAGGACAUUUGACACAAUAUUACAUAACCCUAUACUGGCAUCUUAGUCACAUGGAAACUUUCAGAAACACACUAGACAUAGGCAAUGCUUUUAAUCAGACCAGGAUGCCUUUGUGAACUAAAACGUAAAUUGCUUCUCAAUCUUUUGGCUGAGAUCAAGUGUGAAAGUUACUUUACAUAGCAUGAUGUAUGCAGUAGUAGGCAUUAAGUCAAUGCUGCACACAUCUGUGGAUCAAAUUAUAUUUAAAAAUCACUUGUUACUGAUAAGGCAAAAGUAAAUUCACAAUAGGAAAGAUGUGUCUAGUGAUAUCAAAAAUUAUGGGCUAGAGGUGUGACUCAGAUGGUACACCACCUGCCUAGCAAGUGUAAAGCACUGAGUUCAAACCCCAGUACCAUCAAAAAAAAGAAAGGCGGAAAGGAUGAGAAAAAAAUUAGUAUUUCUUAAACCUUUGGGGAUGGAAUGAGAGGAAGAGUAUCUAUGUAUCACCUAUAAUGCAUCUGCGAGUGAUCCUUUAAACCCCUACGUAAACAGGAUUUCCCAACAGGACAUCACUUGAGAGCUAGUAGAAUAUCAUGUUUCCAUGUGCAGGGUCAGGCAGAUCAGAUUUAAAUUACAGUGUGUCCAAGGCAGUGAACGGAUAUGCUACCAAAGACACUCCUCUCUUAAACAGCAGCCAAGAGGGCAAACAGACAGGUAGUGACUUAUGAGGAGUGGCUUUAGGGGUUUCUAUAUUUUGUUCAGUUUGGGUUUUUGUUUUUGUUUUUGUUUUGAGGUGUGGAUUUUCUUUUAAUCCACCUUUUAAGACUUUUACCCACAAGAGAAUACUGUCCAAGUAGUCAUUUCAUCCUUCAGCAUAUACACAAAUAUAUAACGAGGAUGGUCUAAUUACCUGAGAUAGCACUCUGAAGAAUUGUAACUUCUGUGCACUUUUUUCUUACUGGGCCAGGGGCAUCUUUUUCAACAAUAAGGCAAAAGGAAGCAACCUGAAGGAAGAGCUGGCAGUGAGAACCAUGAAGUCCUCAGCCAGAGUUUUAACAAUGGCAUCUAGAAAGAAAAGUAAUCUUCAGUUUCCACGCCCUCCUUUAAAGAAAGGGAAAAUGGUAACCUAAUGACCAGAAAAGUGCUCAGAACGCAGACAGCAAGGUGUAGAGCCGCUUAUGUGCUGUGUGGAUGGCGUCACUGGUAACACAACCUUAAACAUGGUCUAUUUUUGCUAUGACAGGAGAAGAACAACACUUAUGAAAACAGAAGAGUACUUUCCAACUACGAAAGACCAUAGACACACUGAAUUUUCAAUUCAGAUGCUGAAAAUCCAACUCCAGGACAACAGCCAUGUGAAUGUGCCUACACCAAUCAGUUAAAAAAAAAAAAACAAACAGAAGAAAAUGGAAGAGA